UUGUUGCUCGCGCAAUUCAAGCAGCUGAGCCCCGGUCGUCGGCAGAUAUUAGUCCAGCAGUCCCUGCUUGAACAACAAAAAGAAACCCCGACGACGAGGUCCGCCGACCUGGUGUCGGCACUGAAUAAUGUCGUUCUCGCCAUCCGGCUUCGCGCACAAGCACCCCAACCUGCCAACCGCCCCGCAAUACCGUACGGUUUGCGAUCCGACAAAGCUGGCAUCUCCACAUUCCAGCUUGGUGAUCUCGGGCAGAACACCGUUCAGGAGCUUGCCGAUCUCUGUCGCACACCUGCUGUCACCAACCCACAAGCAGGCGCGCCAUUCGUCACCAUCGUGCAGGCGAGCGGAGCUGGCAAGACGCACUCACUGUUCAGUCUGCGUAAGCACUGCUACGUCGUGCUUUUGCGUGUCAGCGACCAGCCUCAAUCCAAGACACCUCCAACAAUGCAACUCCAGGUGGAACUGGAAGACAUUGCGAAGAAGAUGAAACGGAUCACUGUCGAGACUAUGCCGAACACGUCGCCUAGCAGUUGGACAGAAGCCGACGCCGCUCUGGUCAAGGACGCUCUUCGAAAGCACUCCAAGGAGGCGCUUUCGGUCGUUCGCAUCUACAUUGGCGCGUAUCUCGAGUGGCUGGUUCAGGUUGAUAAGUUUGUGCGCACCGACACCACGCACGUGCCACCUCUACCCGCGAUCGACUCUGUUUCGCAGCGUGAGCUGUGGCUGAGUGUGCUGGAGAACGGACUUGGCUCGAUCGGUGUCAAGCUCAUCUUCUUGGCGCGCUUGGCGAGUCUGCGAGCUGACAGUAUGGUUGACGCGAAAACGUACCUGACCGAGCAGCUCGCCGAGUUGAGCGCCCGACGCCUCGAUCCGACGAUUCCUCUCGUGCUUGGCAUCGAUGAGGCCGGCCUUUUAAUCAACGUUGCACCAGGUAUUCUCGCUCACUGGAGUGAUUGGACUCGUGGCGAGGUUCUCGGCCAAGUGCUCGAGCUGCAUGACCAGUGUCGCUCGCCGCACACUGGCAAGACCUGUGCACUCUAUGCGCUACAAGUUGCACUUCAUCGCCUUGGCAAAUUGCCCUGCGUGCUGGUCGACACCAACUCGACCAUCAUCAAUGUCCUCAAAAUGAGUGGUAGCAACUCGCCGUUCAACCACAACAUCAAGGAACACAGGGGCGCACAACACAUUGUCACCGUUGACGAUAUAUGCGGUGUUCUCCAGCACUACUUUGGCAACGACUUCGCCAUAAGCGAGCUUCUGCGCGAGCGACUGGAGCGGCUGUGCGGGCGUCCGCACGCGUUCUUCUCGGAUUUUUUGCCAAGGUUGCUCUCCGAUUCUCUCUCACCGAACAUCGACCUCGCCGACUGUGCGAUUAAGGCUGCAACGUCGGCAGCGAACAACGCUUACAGCAAACUGCUGGGGCUUCUUCGUGAUUGCACCAUCCCGGCCUUCCGCCACUUGGUCUUUGCUUUUCUGACGCGAGGACCGAAGGUGUUCAUCGCGCUGGAACUCGAAGUCCAGCUUCGAGAUGCCAGCCUCCUCUUUCUCUCGUGUGGGUCGGAUCGCCUGUUCGACUUGGCCCAAGAACCGGCCUUCCAUGACGCACUUCUGGCUCAUUCCCGCUCCUCGGAAGUCUGCACUUUCAUGAAAGAAGAUAUUACCAACUGGUCACUCACUUUGAGCGGGUCUGCCCGCGGUGAAAUCGAAGAGAUCGACAUGGCUUGGUUUCUCGCGCAAGGUUGUCUGAACCAGCGUCUCAAGGAUGUACUGCCCGUGCCAGCUUCGUUCGUUUGGCCGCCUGCGCUCAACAACCUCAUCACGACCGCAACACAGUGCAUGAACGUCAGCACGCGAUGCCCGCACGACAUGCACUCCCGGCACCCCGAGUUUGUCAUUUGGGGCGGCGAUAUGCAGGCCCGUGCAGACUGUUUGGUGCCCGUCAGUCUGGAUGGGCGAAUUGGCAGUUUGGUUGUGCAGUGCAAGAGCGGCCAGACAAACCUUGUCGAUGCUCUGACCUCGACUUCGCCAGGGUUUCAAUACAUGUCGGCUCAUCCACAAGCACUCGAGAUCUUGCUGAACGGCGGGACGUUGGACGUUACCUCCCACUCAAAAUUUCUCCAUGGAUCCCAGCAAGAUGCUCUCAAAACCAAGCGAGCCAUUUUCCGCAGCCAGUACGAAUCACGUGUUUCUAAGUGCAACCCAGCUCCGCUCUGGAUUCGUGUCCUGAGGGCUUGGGACUUUCCGGACGUGUUUGUCGAGGCAGUCAAUUCGUACAACUCGAACUUGCUUGAAACCGAGCGGACUCAGAUUUUGCUAUGGCAGCCUUCCAAGCAGACUUCUUCCCAGCCGACCCCCAAGCGUUCUUCGUCCAGUUCUAAGAAAGACCAACGGUGGGUCUCGACGAGAGACGCUUGGGCGCUUCAGUUUGCAUCGCCAGCCCGCAUCCAGCUUUCGUGA